CUGAUGCGGGCAUGGAUGGUCGUCGUUUCUAAUAGCAGUGUAAAACGAGCCAUAUGGCCCCGUGAGUCAUCGCUGAUAAGAGGACAGAGAACGAACACUUCACUCCAUCGACACAGAAAACUGUGCCUGUCCACUUAAAACUUUUUUUGAGGUGAGAUAGAGCGAGAACGAGAUAGAGACAACCCUUAGCGGAAGUCCCAGUAGUAAGUCCAACAUGGCGUCCGACUUUGGGGACCAACUCCCAGAUGAGGAAAAGGUGCGGAUUGCUUCAAAUUUUGUUAUGCACUCACCUCCUGGGGAAUUCAAUGAAGUCUUUAAUGAUGUGCGGACCCUGGUGAACAAUGAUGCCUUGCUGCGAGAAGGUGUGGCCCGAGCUAUUGCAGAGUACAACAAGGACCAGCUGACACCAGUGAGGCUGGAUGGACAGAGCCACUAUGCACUUGUCACAGAACACAAUGAUCUUGGUGGUGGCCGUUUUGUGGAUCCUCGAGCAAAGCUCACCUUCAAAUUUGACCAUUUACGGAAGGAAGCAACAGAUUUAAAGCCUUGUGAGAGUGAUCCUGCCACAGAGAGUUGGAGAAGUGCAGUUGAGACACAACUCAUUCAGUAUGUCAGUGAUCAUUAUCCACAUGGUGUGUGUGCUGUGUAUGCCCGCACUCAAGGAUCUGCUGUCACACUCACCAUGUGCAUAGAAGACCACCAAUUCCAGCCCAAAAAUUAUUGGAAUGGUCGGUGGCGAUCAACCUGGACUGUGACCCUAGGAGGGGGAAGUGUGGAACUGAAAGGAGUCCUCAAAGUUCAAGUCCACUACUAUGAAGAUGGCAAUGUCCAGUUAGUCACUUCUAAGGAUGUUAAAGGAAACCUAACUGUUGCUGGGGAAGAGGAAACUGCCCAGGAAUUGGUACACUUCAUUGAGGCUGCUGAGAAUGAGUAUCAGACAGCCAUCAGUGAAAACUACCAGACUAUGUCCGACACUACCUUCAAGGCCUUGCGUCGCCAGCUUCCUGUUACACGGACCAAGAUUGAUUGGAAUAAGAUAGUUUCAUAUUCUGUGGGUAAGGAGCUUAAAAAGCAAUAAUAGUAACUGGUGGUCCUAUGGAACAUUUAAAAUAAUUCAUCUGUCUCUAUGGGAUGCUGUAGGGAUAGUUUUAACAGUGCAUUUGGUGGUCAUUAUUCCUACUGAUUAGUAUUGGUUGUUGAAUACUUCAGAGUCAAAUUAUUGUUUUGUCCCUUAAUAUUAUUGAUAUUUGGAGUUUAUCAGUAUCUAUGUUUUCCAUUUUAUCUGCUUUGUUAUAGUUGAUUGAACCCAUCAUGAGUUUUAAAUAAAAUGGUUUGACUUGUUUGGGUAAAGAAAAAAAACAUAUUGCUUUUGGACUUAUGUGGAGUGAACCAUGCCAGUUGAGCACUGUUACUGAAGCUAAAAUUACAUCUUGUUGAACUGUUGUGUAGGCUAUCAGAAACACACAGCAAGGGUAUCCUUUCUAUUGGGAGUGAAACACUGAGCUCCAUGAAACGUUUAGAAAGCAAAGCCAAAUGAAUAAGGCAGAUCUUCCUUUGGAGGAUUACUCCAAUUUUUACAAAUUUAUAUCCUUCAAAAGUUUGUGUGGUCAGUGUUCCACCUUUGAUCAAGUCUUCCUGUGCUUUGUUUUUGAUUGUUUACACAAGCGAUCAAGUGCAACAGGCAACAGGCUCAUUUUAUAGACUUUACAUGAAAGUGUAGUAGAGUCUAUUAGGAAUGUGAGUUUCUGCUGCCAACAUCAUAUUUCUGAAAAGAAGCUGCAUUUUGCAAGAUGGUCCAUGCCGUCACUACUACCCAGACGCCUGUGAUACCUCGCUGAGGGGAGGUCUUAGGGACGAUGUUGGUUCCUAGAGAUGGCCUGCUUGCUAACUGCUUGAUGGUGUUGAUUAUAUAGUACAUAUUUAUCUAAUCAUUUACACUUAAUGUUUAAGAAGUGAUUUUGCAAGAAGUUCCUGUUUUGCCAAGUGCAUUACAGGCCAAAAAUAUAUUAUCAGGUAGCCCAAUGUGAGGGCAUUUCAAUUGUCCUUUGCACAUUAUGGAUGAAGCAAGGUGAGCUCUGCACAAACAAACCUAGAAAGAAAAUAUAUUGUUGCAAAUUU